CAAUGUCGACGGUGUGCACCGAACCAAAGCCGCCUGUAUACCGACAUUUCCCGCUCCAGGCGCUUCUGGAGCGUAUCAGGGAUUUCCCGUUUUUGUACGACAGAAGGUGUCCAGAAUACAGGGACACUGCCCUAAAAGACGACAGACUGAAAAUCAUUGCCGCUGAGUUCGGCAUAACCGACGAAGAGUGCAAGAAAAAAUGGCGGAACGCACGGGACCGCUGCAUGAAAAUUCGCCAGAAACUGGACGCCGCAAGACGCAGCGGUUGUGGAGGAAAAGACGUCAGAAGGCCCUACUGGUGCCACUACAGUCUGUUGGAUUCCAUGCUGGAAGACACCAGCCCAGCGCACCUCACAAAUUCGUCCCACAAUUCAAGUACACCAACGAUCACAAAUGCAUGGACCAUCCAUAUGGACACUGACGGUGUCCCAGAAGUCAUUGAAGGCGCAAGCAAUAGCACGACUGGACGAAGCACUGGCAGCGCUAGCUGUGAUGACGAUGAAAACUAUGAUAUCAAGCCGACAGAAAUCCUUCGUCAUGUGUAUUCUGAGGAAGUUCCAGAGACAGAGGGACAGCCUUGCAAGUUCGAUGGAGGUCACAGCCGUGAAGAUGCAGAAAUAGGGGAAACCUUCAACGGCAACGCCUGUCACGGGGAUCAGCCACGUGCAAGGGCGGCACCCAGAAGGAAAAGGCCAACGGUUGAUCCUAGUCCGAGGAGCAAGAGGCGUAGCUGUGAACCCCCAGACACCGAUCCCCUGGCCCGGUCGGUGAAAGACGCGUUAGAGAGGUGUUCGGCCGCACUGAGCGGGCUGCCCGACCGGCCCGGGCACGAGCGGGACGACUACUGCGACAUCGAGGCCACCUGGAUCGCCUCCAAGUUGAAGAUCUUCCCCCGGAGCCACCGGUGCAGAGUGGCACACAAGAUCCACUGCAUUAUACACGAGGAGGAAAUGAAGCUGUACGAAUGACCCUGCAAGUACCUUCAUGUCCCUGCAGAAGCGUUCUCGCUAGAAAGGCCAACGAACAAACGUUGCGAGGUAAAAAAUCUGGCUCCGCCACGUUCGGCACCGUCUAAGCGCAGCCUAUGCUACGAUUCGACGGUGCCAUUCGAGCUGCUUCGAAACUGUGUCGUCGCUGCGCUUGUCGUAUUUGUGUGUCUGCUACAACCGGCUAAAACAGUCGCGUGUAGAAAAAAGCGCAAACUUGCGGCACGUUCGCCGUGCGCGAUUGGUUCGCCUUGCGACAGCAAACGCACAAAGGCGGCGAGCGACGCGACGACGCGGUUUUGGUGCCGUCGGAUAGUCAUGUCGGCUGUGCUUUGACUUGGUGUGAAACAGAGUACAAAAGUGCACUCUUCUGCAAGAACUAAAAAAUGACAGACGUGGCUGUGUGUGCUCUCCAGCCUAAGCGCAGUAGAUAGGAAGGAGUAGAAAUGGAAGCAAGGGGCCUUAGGCUUAAGCCCCCGUCAGCAUGCCUGCUUGUCCAUUCGUUAUUUGCCUACUGUGAAAAGUGGUAGUGCCAUCCAUAGGGCUAUUAUAAUGCAUGUUAGAGGUUCAAAAGGCGCUAGUGUGCUGUGGCAAAUUGAAGCAGACGGCAACCAGUCGAAAAUUGACUUCCGAUAAUGCAGUCCUAUGGGGAAAAAGUGAGUGCAUUCCCUCGCUGCGCUCGAUUAUGAGAGCAAAUAUCCAGAAUAAUUUGUACAUACUAAGUAGCUUGGAACAUUUCUCAGUUAGGCGGAGGAAAUAAUUGGUCAGUUACGGUAUUUUUCAUUCCAAUUCUUCGCAUUAAAAACGGUGAUAAAACGGCUACUGUCGGACACGGCUAGCGCGAAACACAAUGUCGGCGCUUUUCAGUUUGCCUCCUGGAUGUACCAAGCGAACGAAGGAAUCUGGAAAACUAAGAGAGACUACAAGAACUAUGCAGUAACACUGGAUCAGUAACUCCCUGUGCAUGUAUGAUCAAAAUAAAUUAAACGUCACAUAAUAUAGUCCGAUUUUCAAUAAGUACCG